CCCGCCAGGUACAUGCCUGCUUAUGCGGGAGGUGGUGCGGUUGCUCCGCUUCUACACUCCUCUCUCUUCCACUCUCUUUUCUCUACUGUUCCAGCGUCUCUCUCUCUCUCUAACUCACCCACGAAACCCUAGUGGCUUGCAGAACUAUCUUUCUUCCUUUUUUGUAUCGAUCUGCGCGGAAAGGUGUGGCGUGACAGCUCGUACAGGUGUGUGAGCUGCGUGGAAUUCCACUCACGAAUUCCGUAGAAAGCUGGAACAUCUUUAAUAGAAGCGGCGGCAUAGAGUUUGGAAGCAGGAAGGGAGGAAGAAGGGGAUGGGGGAAAGCGCAAUGACACUUGAUGCUGUCCUCAAGGAGGCCGUCGAUUUGGAAAAUAUACCCAUUGAAGAGGUGUUUGAGCAACUGAGAUGCAGCCAGGAAGGGCUCAGCAGCAAGUCGGCAGAAGAGCGGCUCGUCAUUUUCGGCCCGAACAAGCUGGAGGAGAAGGAGGAGAGCAAGAUUCUCAAAUUCCUGGGAUUUAUGUGGAACCCUCUUUCUUGGGUUAUGGAGGCCGCUGCUAUCAUGGCCAUUGCUCUUGCUAAUGGAGGAGGAAAGCCUCCAGAUUGGCAGGACUUUGUGGGAAUCAUAACUUUGCUUAUGAUCAACUCAACCAUCAGCUUUAUCGAGGAGAAUAAUGCAGGCAAUGCUGCUGCAGCGCUCAUGGCACGACUCGCUCCCAAAGCGAAGGUGCUUAGGGAUGGAAAGUGGAGUGAAGAGGAGGCUGCUAUUUUGGUGCCCGGUGAUAUUAUCAGCAUCAAGCUUGGAGAUAUUAUUCCUGCAGAUGCUCGACUCCUUGAUGGAGAUCCGCUAAAAAUUGAUCAGUCUGCCCUUACUGGCGAGUCACUGCCUGUAACCAAGGGUCCUGGUGAUGGUGUGUAUUCUGGUUCCACAUGCAAGCAAGGAGAGAUCGAAGCUUUAGUUAUUGCUACUGGAGUUCACACCUUCUUUGGCAAGGCUGCACAUCUUGUCGACAGUACAAGCCAAGUUGGUCACUUCCAAAAGGUGUUAACAGCUAUUGGAAAUUUCUGUAUCUGUUCUAUUGCUGUGGGUAUGUUUACCGAGAUUAUUGUCAUGUACCCGAUCCAGCGUCGGGCUUAUCGUCCAGGAAUCGACAAUCUUCUAGUUCUACUUAUCGGAGGAAUUCCUAUAGCCAUGCCCACAGUCUUGUCUGUAACAAUGGCGAUCGGUUCGCAUCGAUUAUCGCAACAGGGAGCAAUCACCAAGAGAAUGACUGCUAUUGAAGAAAUGGCUGGCAUGGAUGUGCUUUGUAGUGACAAAACUGGAACUCUUACUUUGAAUAAGCUAACGGUUGACAAAAACCUGAUAGAGGUUUUUACCAAAGGUGUAACUCGUGAUACCGUCAUCCUAAUGGCGGCAAGGGCCUCGAGAAUUGAGAAUCAAGAUGCUAUUGAUACUGCUAUUGUUGGAAUGCUUGCUGACCCAAAAGAGGCGCGGUCUGAUAUCCAAGAAGUUCAUUUUUUGCCUUUCAAUCCUACGGAUAAGAGGACUGCUCUAACUUACAUUGAUAACGAAGGAAAACUUCAUCGGGUCAGCAAAGGUGCUCCGGAACAGAUAUUGAAUCUUGCACACAACAAAUCAGAAAUAGAACGAAGGGUUCAUUCUGUGAUUGACAAAUUUGCAGAGCGUGGGCUGCGAUCUCUUGCAGUGGCAUACCAAGGGACCAGUUGGCUAUAGGUAAGGAAACUGGUCGACGAUUGGGUAUGGGAACCAAUAUGUAUCCCUCAUCAGCUUUAUUGGGCAAUGCCAAGGAUGAGUCCAUCGCUGCUUUGCCUGUUGACGAACUAAUAGAAAAGGCUGAUGGUUUUGCUGGGGUUUUCCCAGAGCAUAAAUAUGAGAUUGUUAAGCGUUUACAAGCAAAAAAGCAUAUAUGUGGUAUGACUGGAGAUGGAGUUAAUGAUGCUCCAGCCUUGAAGAAAGCUGAUAUAGGAAUAGCAGUGGCUGAUGCGACUGAUGCAGCUAGAAGUGCUUCUGACAUUGUUCUAACUGAGCCUGGUCUGAGUGUUAUCAUCAGUGCUGUUUUAACGAGCCGUGCUAUUUUUCAGAGGAUGAAAAAUUAUACUAUUUAUGCUGUGUCGAUCACUAUACGUAUCGUGCUUGGUUUUAUGCUACUUGCCCUCAUUUGGAAAUUUGAUUUCCCCCCAUUUAUGGUCCUCAUCAUUGCAAUCCUGAAUGAUGGCACCAUCAUGACGAUAUCGAAGGAUAGGGUGAAGCCUUCCCCUCUUCCUGACAGUUGGAAGCUUGCAGAAAUUUUUACAACUGGAAUUAUCCUUGGAAGUUACUUGGCCAUGAUGACAGUCAUUUUCUUCUGGGCUGCAUACAAAACUGACUUCUUUCCACGAAUAUUUCACGUCGAAAGCCUGGAGAAAACAAAUCAGGAUGAUUUCAGAAUGCUAGCAUCAGCUGUCUACCUCCAAGUGAGUACAAUAAGCCAGGCUCUUAUAUUCGUGACAAGAUCCCGAAGUUGGUCAUUUAUCGAGAGACCUGGUCUUCUGCUCGUGGCUGCUUUCGUCAUUGCCCAGCUGAUUGCUACUUUGAUUGCUGUAUAUGCUAACUGGGGAUUUGCUUUCAUCAAAGGGAUUGGUUGGGGAUGGGCUGGUGUUAUCUGGCUCUAUAAUCUCAUCUUCUACUUCCCCCUCGACAUUAUAAAGUUCAUAACCCGCUAUGCAUUAAGUGGAAGAGCAUGGGAUCUUGUUAUUGAACAGAGAAUUGCGUUCACAAGACAGAAGGAUUUUGGAAAGGAGGCGAGGGAGCUCAAGUGGGCGCAUGCUCAGAGAACACUCCAUGGUCUUCAACCUCCAGAGACCAAAAUGUUCUCCACUGAUAGGAGCCGUUUCACUGAUCUGAAUCAAAUGGCUGAAGAGGCAAGAAGACGAGCUGAGAUUGCAAGGCUGAGAGAGCUCCACACACUAAAAGGCCACGUGGAAUCUGUCGUGCGUCUCAAAGGCUUGGACAUAGACACCAUCAAGCAAGCCUAUACCGUCUGAGCAGACAUCAGUCAUCAUCCAUCCCCAACCGUAGACAUCAACUGUUGCUGGUGCUGCAAAAUCCAAGAUGUUCCCUAUUCUCUAUAUAAGUACUGUAUAUGCGCUGUAAGGUUUGUGAUAUCGGUAUGUUUCAAUCUCUGUUGCAUUACUAACGGGGCCUUAAAAAUGAAGUUUCUUAGGCAUAAACUUGCCAUCUGAGGCCUAAUCAAGGUUGUAUUAAUAGUCAUCUGGAUUAAAUUCUUAUGGAAACAUAUUUAAUUCUAAAUUUGCAUGCAUGGGAGUUAGACGUUCUCAUA